AUGAUUUUAUUGAGUGGCCAUUCUCACGUGAGAGGAAGAUCGAGGGACGCAACGAGCGCAGGCUCCACUGCGGAGCUUGGAAGUUCGAUCGCUCUCUCGCAGCGCUCGCUCGCUCGCUCGCUCGCUCGCGCUCGACUUGAUUUUCGGCAUGCGCAUGGCAUUGUGGACGACAGUCAGCUUGCGUCGCGUCGCCUCGGCUCGCCUCGCAUGGUGCGACGGGGCGUUCCAAUCUGGGCCUGCCUGCACUACAGCGGCGUCUUCUUCCCUUCACAAGCCGAACAACAGCUACCACAACAUUCGACUCCAGCGGUGAGUGCUUUGUCCUUGCAGAAAGUUCAAGGUCAACAUCGAAGCUUCACUCUAACGCGCGAAGUGUUACUAGAUACCGGAUAGCAUACUAAAUGUAACUAGUUCGUAUACGUUUGACUUCGAUACUUUCCAUACGAAAGGGCAGUCACUGUUACUGACUUGCUUAGAAUUUCAGACUUCAAACUCCCAUCAAUUCCCUACGGUCAACAAUAUUCGUACAGAUGGAGAUCAAUGCUGGAUGUCACCUGAGAUGGAUGAGCAUGCCACCAGCUAUUGACUGAAUCGCGCAAUCAGUAGUCAGGCGGCCCGACUUACAACCUCCGGAGAGAUGUGAGCACUGUAUGAGGAGCGAUAGGCAUAAGUCCACCAAGAAAAUUGGCAUUGGCUCACAUUGAAGAUGUUCCCACUACCUGCUAAUCAGGUGAGCUGGUCGUCUUAUGUGCACGAAUCCAUGUUCCUACAUUAUGCGUGAUUGUAUUAGCACGGUUUUCAAGGGGAGUCAAUUACCGAACAACUUUUCCCCAUAUACCCAUUGUCGGGAUUCUUUCUCAAUUCAGCCCGGAUUGAGAAACUUAUUUGUUAUUAAGAAGGAAGGGAGGCAACGUUGAAAACACAUUCAUAUGAAUGCCUG